CCUACCUGCUACCUAUAUUCACCAAAAUAAUAAUAUCGCAGUUGCUGUCCACGCUGCUGUCGGCACGGAACUGAGUAUCUACUCCCCGAGUCUGAGACCCGAGCCGUCUCCGCAACUUCGUUUGUGGAUAGCUUAGGGAUAUGAGCUCCUCCCUUCGCCUCCAACAAUGCGGGAGACCGGGGCUUCGAACCCGGUCGACCCCCCAGCCGGUCCUCCUUCGGCCCCACUUGCCGCGCCCCCGCAUACGCCUGCGCCUGCGUGUUCAAGCGACCGCAGCUGGAAUUUCCCUCCCGCCCCCAUCGAGCGGCAGCGACAGCAACGUAUUUCAACGGAUGGCGUCCUUUCCCCGCACAUUUGUCAACUGGUGGAAAGUUGAAUCUCCCGCGAAAGGCUCGUCGGAGGCCGGCCCUAUGGACCUCAAGCCGGUGCUCCAGAAGCUGUGGUCGCUGUGCGCGCCGGACAUAUCACUGCUGUUCUUGGCGAGCGUCUUCAUGGUGGUGGCGUCUCUGUGCGAACUUGCGAUUCCGCACUUUGCGACUAAAUCAAUCUUCGCGGCUUCGGAAGGCGCUCCCUUCAUGGGCUUCCUAAAAGUGCUGACGGCGAUGGUGGCUGCGUACGGCAUCUCGGCGGCCCUGCGUGGCUUCUGCUUCUCCAUCCUCAACAACCGCAUGACGCGGCGCCUCAGGACGGAGCUUUUCUCCAGCCUCGCCAAGCGGGAGACGUCCUUUUUCGACGGGGAGGACGUGGGCAACCUCACGUCACGCCUGCAGGCGGACUGCCAGGCCAUGACGAAGGUGAUCGCCACCAACGCCAACAUCGCCGUCCGCAACCUGCUGCAGGCAGUCGGCGGCAUCGUGUACCUGUACCUGCUGUCGCCCUCGCUGUGCGGCAUGACUGUGGCCAUCAGCGCCGUGCUGUGGGCCGUCACCAUUGUGUACGGCGACUUCGCGCGCCGCAUGCAGAAGAUCUUCCAGGACGUGCUGGCGGAGAGCAACACGGUGGCGGAGGAGGCGCUGACGCUGUCGCGUGUGGUGCGCACGUUCGGGACGGAGGGCACGGAGACCAAGCGCUACACCACCUGGCUGGACAAGCUGUACGAGGUGGGCAAGCGCCAGGCCGCCGGGUACUCGCUGUUCGUGGCCAGCGGCCACAUCGCCUGCUACGCCAGCAAGGUGGCGGCGCUGGUGGUGGGCUGCGGCAUGGUGCUGACGGGCAAGCUGACGGCGGAGCAGCUGACGAACUUCAUCAUGUAUGUGGAGUUCGUGACCUACGCCUCGCUCAACGUGUGCGACGAGUUCACCGAGAUCUGCGAGGCGGUGGGUGCCAGCGAGCGAGUGGUGGCGAUGCUGGGCGCGGCGCCGGCGCCGCAGAUCGCGGCGGGCAUCAUUCCCGCCACCUUCAGCGGCCGCAUGUCGUUGGAGGACGUCAAGUUCAGCUACCCCAGCCGGCCCGGCAACAUGGCGCUCAACGGCGUGUCGCUCAGCUUUGAGCCCGGCAAGCUCACAGCGCUGGUGGGCCUGAGCGGCAGCGGCAAGACCACCGUGUGCGCGCUGCUGCAACGGCUGUACGACCCCAGCGGCGGCCGCCUGGUGCUGGACGCAGACCUGGACGUGCGCGACACCGACGCGGCCUGGUACCGGCAGCAGAUCGGCGUGGUGCCCCAAGAGCCGCGGCUCUUCAGCCGCAGCAUCGCCGCGAACAUCGCCUACGGCAUGGAGCACGCGCCGCCCAGCGCGGCGGACAUUGAGGAGGCGGCGCGGGCGGCCAACGCGCACGACUUCAUCAUGUCGCUGCCGCAGGGCUACGAGACGCAGGUGACGGACAAGCUGCUGUCGGGCGGGCAGAAGCAGCGUCUGGCGCUGGCCCGCGCGCUCAUCCGCAAGCCCAAGGUGUUGGUGCUGGACGAGUUCAGCAGCGCGCUGGACGCCGAGAGCGAGGCGCAGGUACACGUGGCGCUGGACCGGGCCAUGAGCGCGCGAGACCGGACCGUGAUCGUCAUCGCGCACCGGCUGUCCACGGUGCGGCACGCCGACUGCAUCGUGGUCAUGGACAAGGGCAAGGUACACGAGAUGGGCAGUCACCACGAGCUGCUCGCCCGCCGCGGCAUCUACUGGCAGCUGGUGUGCCGGCAGCAGUACGGCAUCGACCCCAACGCCGCCGGCGCCACCGACACCGACUCGGAGUCCAUACUGGCGGCCGCCGCAGAGCUGCGCGCCGCCGCCGCCGCCUCCAUGGUGGCAGGCCUGCCGCCGGCGUCCUCCGCCGGCGCCAGCGUGACCUCCAGCCGUGACAGCUACGACAACGGCAGUAGCAGGGCCGCUAGCAGUAGCAGCAGUAGCACCGGCGACGCUGCCGCCGCUCGGACGUCGUCACUUGGGUCAACGCCAUCGUCGCCGCUGUCCCCGUCAGCGCCGGCGACGCCGUACGCCGCCGCGGCCACCAUCACGCACGGCUCCAAUUCAUCCAUGGAGGAGGAGGACGUGGCGGCGGGCAACGGCGGCGUGCUGCUGGGCGCCACUAGCGAUGACGGCAGCGGCAACAGCAACGGCGGCGGCUCUGGCAGCAUCAGCGGUGAAGCCAGCAACGGCAACAGCAACGGUAACGGCUACAGUAACGGCAGCGGUACCGGUAGCAGUAUCGGCGACGCGGCCAUGCUGCGCGCGCUGGGCUUGUCGAGCUCCAGCAUGACCACCAGCCUGGGCACGUUGGACGACGACAUGGGCGACGUGGACGAGGCGGGCCGGCCGCAGGGGGCGGGCAGCGGCCGCAUGAGCGCCGUGCUGGCGGGCGUGGUGCUGGCGGGGGCGCCGCCUGCAGCGGACAGCGGCAGCGGCGGCGGCGGCGGCGGCGGCGGCGGCGACGGUGCGGUACAGGCGUCAGAGGUGCAGGGCGGCAAGUAGUGGGCACCGGCAGGGUGCGGAGCGGAGCAUGCGGCGGUGAGGUACGGAGGGCAUGCCGCGGCGCCUCCAGCGCGCGUGUCGUUGCGAGAGGCUGAUGCAUUCUUCGAUGGUGCUGCGGGGGGACAAGUUACCUCGAUGAGUGACUGGCUGACAGGCCCGGUACAGCACUAUGCCGCCGUGGAGCCUAUCAGCGAUGCAUGGUGAGGUUGGGUGGACGGGUGGGUGGGUGGGGAAUGGGGGCGCAGGUGGCCUGCAGUGACUCGUGUGUGCUAAGGAAAUUCUUUGGGAGCGCAUCUUGCGCUUAGUCGAUGGAUUAUAUCCCAUGGUAGAGUCCUGAACUCUUCAUGCAUUAUCGCGUCCGUGUUGUUUUCGUCCAGUGCGCAUGUGGUCGCAGCACAACCUGCAUUGGUUGGCGGCGUUUGUGGCGUGGCAUAACAUGGCAACCACGCAGACUGGCACCAUUCAGAGUCCCCUACCUGCAUACGCAUGAGGAAUGCUUGUUUGCAACGAAGCACCAGUGCCCCACGCCAGUGCCCCGGCCAUCACCUCAUUUUGUUUGGUAAGGUGCGUAUGUUCAGUGACUCAUAGUGAUGGCAAAGCAGCCGUAUGUAGCCACGCGAAUGGAGCGCGCGUUGUCAUAUCCGGCGGUGCCGGCAGCGUUGGUGCGGCUGCGCUGCUCGCGCUCAUUACCUGUCGUCGUGAGGGGCGGCGGCACGGUAGGGCACGGCGCCAAUGUACUAUACCGUAUCCAGCGGCGAUCCACACUGAGAUGUGUUCGGGAACUUCCAUUUUGUUUUGACUUGCGGAGUACUGGGGGCCUGGUCGCGCACGGGGUGGCUGGCUGGGAAUGCAAAAUGGCGUGGGCACGGCGCAAACCAUUCAAUAUAUACGAGUGCCAGAGCGCAUAUGCGCGGCUUAAAGGGGUGUACUAUCGAGUAGGGAGAGUGGCAGUGCGGUCAAGAGACUGAGAGAGCGACACUGACGCACGGUGAGCGCACACCGGGGCAUGGUGACGAGUCGUGUUAGGGACAAGACAUUAUGCUUUGCGUUGCGUAACACAGAAGUAAUAUUUUCGUUCAUUAGCCGGAGCGAGAAGCGACCUCGCGCGGACAUGGACUAUUGCGGCGACUGUCGUUGCGAGGUAAAGAGCCCGAGGCACAGAAUUAAGAGGAAAGCCAUACCAGGCAAAAGACCACGAGGAAAGUCAUGCUGGACUACACCAGGCAAAAGACUACCGCGCAAACUGGGUAGUAUCGUAGGCAUUUGCUAACAACUGAUCAUUCUAUAUCGCGCCGGGUCUAUAGCGAGAUGGGUGCGCCCGCCAGACGUAUGGCGGGGCUGGUUCCCGCCAGUGUGGGUUCCCGCGAACUUGACUCAGACUGACCCGGACCAUGAACCUGGCGCCUCCAUACGCCUUCUGUAAACUAUUAGUUCA